AUGGCCGCCACCUCGUAUAUGACACCGUCCAGCGGUGACCUAGACAUGGCGCUGGGCGGCGGUGGCUAUCACACCUCAUCGCCUCGGUCUGCCGCCGAUGCAGGCGAAAUGAAGUACAUGCAGCAUCAUCAUCAUCAUGCCGCCGCCGCUGCUGCCCACCAUCAGCUUCCAUCAUCUCCCAGCCCGAAUGCAGUCGUAGGCGGCGCGUCCGGAACGGGUGGCGGUGCCGGCGGGUUGGGUAUUUCUACGACAGGGCUCAGUUCGAUUACACCUACAGGCGGCUUAGGCUCGAACCCCUGGACCGCGUUACAUCCUUCCGAUCCCUGGGCGUCCAUGACACACCAUACACAUCAUCAUCCCGCGGAUGCGGUGAAGCAGGAAAUGUCACAUUUGUCACAGCAGUCGCGGGUUCAGCAAGGCAUGGCAUCCCCUCAUACAUGGCACGCACCGGUUCAUGCUCCCGCCCAUUACGCACCGACGGGCGGUUCACCGUUGCAAUACCACCAUGCAAUGAACGGUAUGUUGCACCAUCCAGCGCAUGCAGCGCAUCACCAAGGCGUGGCACCGCUCCACCAUGCCUUACGCGGCGAGUCGCCACAGUUGCAUAUACAUCACCACCUGCAAGGCGAUCGCGACGUGUCGGGCGGGGAAGAAGACACGCCUACUUCAGAUGAUUUAGAGGCGUUUGCUAAGCAGUUCAAACAGCGCCGCAUUAAGCUCGGCUUUACACAAGCGGACGUCGGCCUAGCGCUUGGCACCCUGUAUGGCAACGUCUUCUCUCAGACGACAAUUUGCCGCUUCGAGGCUCUACAGUUAAGUUUCAAGAACAUGUGCAAAUUGAAGCCACUUCUACAAAAAUGGCUCGAAGAGGCUGAUUCUACAACCGGCUCGCCGACCAGCAUCGACAAGAUCGCGGCGCAGGGACGCAAGCGCAAGAAACGUACCAGCAUUGAGGUGAGUGUAAAGGGCGCACUUGAGCAGCAUUUCCACAAGCAGCCGAAGCCAUCAGCCCAAGAGAUCACUUCACUGGCGGACUCGCUGCAGCUAGAGAAGGAGGUUGUGCGGGUGUGGUUCUGCAACCGACGGCAGAAGGAGAAGCGGAUGACUCCGCCGAACACAAUGGGCGGCGAUAUGAUGGACGGCAUGCCACCGGGUCACAUGCAUCCGCACGCCGGCUACCAUCCGCAUCACGAUAUGCACGGCAGUCCGAUGGGCACGCACAGUCACAGCCAUAGCCCGCCCAUGCUUAGCCCACAAAACAUGCAGUCCGCGGGGGGGCAUCAGUUAGCGGCUCACUAGCAAUCAGAAAUCCAGGAGUCGAAC